GCCGUGGCUGCGGUGGCUGCGGGCCGCGGCCCGGACGGCGUGCGCGACGACCCGGUGCUGCGGCACCUCGAGUACUUCUGCAUCGCCUGGUUCAGCUUCGAGGUGUCGUCGCGUCUCCUGCUGGCGCCGAGCACGCGCAACUUCUUCUGCCACCCCCUCAACCUCAUUGACAUCGUGUCGGUGCUGCCGUUCUACCUCACGCUGCUGGCCAGCUUGGCGCUCGGCGACCGGGGAAGCGCAAGCGGGGAGGACCUCGGCGACCUGGGCAAGGUGGUGCAGGUGUUCCGUCUCAUGCGCAUCUUCCGCGUGCUCAAGCUGGCGCGCCACUCCACCGGGCUGCGCUCGCUGGGCGCCACGCUCAAGCACAGCUACCGUGAGGUGGGCAUCUUGCUGCUCUAUCUGGCCGUGGGGGUGUCCGUGUUCUCCGGUGUGGCCUACACAGCUGAGAAGGAGGAGGACGUGGGCUUCGACACCAUCCCCGCCUGCUGGUGGUGGGGCACGGUGAGCAUGACCACCGUGGGCUACGGGGACGUGGUACCCGUGACGGUGACCGGCAAGCUGGCAGCCUCGGGCUGCAUCCUUGGGGGCAUCCUGGUGGUGGCGCUCCCCAUCACCAUCAUCUUCAACAAGUUCUCUCACUUCUACCACCGCCAGAAGGCUCUGGAGGCCGCCGUGCGCAGCAGCGACCCCCGGGAGUUUGAGGACUUGCUGAGCAGUGUCGACGGGGUGUCAGAGGUAUCUCUGGAGACGUCCCGUGAGACCUCCCAGGAGGAAAAGUCUACAGACCUGGAGACUCAGGCCCCCAGUGGGCCUGCAGACUCUCAGGUUUACUAAAGCAAGGCCCGGCGUCCCCCUUCCCACACCCCUACAGUCCGCUGAAACAGCAGAGAUCCCUCCCUGCUUACGGCGUUCAUGGUGGCGUGACUGCUCAGGCACACGCCCCGGCCUGAGGAGUGACACCCAGAGGCUAGGUCCGCUCCUCCCAAAGGCCCAGGCCAGGGUAGUGUUGCCCUAGGUUCUGGGAGCCUGGUGAACACCCCAGAGAACUUCACACAGGGACCUCCAAGCUACCCGUGCAGCAGGCAUGCGCCGAAGGGGAAGUCGAAAGACCGCUAACGGUUCCUGAGCUCCUCCUGCCUGUCAGCGCUUCGCAUUCGUGUCGCAGGAUGAGAAAACUGGGGCCCGGAGAGGUGCAAGGACUUGCCCAAAUGUCACCCAGCUGGACGCGGUGGAGCCAAGUUUGGAAUCCAGGCUCGCUGGUCUGCCAAGAUCUGUGUUCCUUGCGUGCCGUCUUUCUUCUGCCCUCACAAAGUUCGCAUGUGGUUUUAGGGGGUUCACGGAUCUCCAGAGUUGAUCCGUCAGGUUCAAACUCUCUGUCAGGGCUAGGGAAAGGACUGGACAGGGGGUUCAGAUGGAGGAGUGCUGCACCUCAGCUGUGUCUCUUUCCCAGAAGUUUCCAACGAGAGUAGCUUUCAAAGAUGAGGUCUGGGAGGAAGGAAGAGGAGCCGCUGCCUUAGCUGGUGUGUAACAGUUGCCAAGCAAUAGCCCUGCGGCUUCCUGCCAGGGCUGGCUUGAGAUGCAGACUCUGAAGGGCCCUGGCCUGUCCCAUCCUAGGAUGUGAUGUGUGAAGUGGACACGCCCCUGCCCCAUCUCCAGAUCUCGGCCCCUCUGUCAGGUGGUCUCAGCCCGAACCCGAGAGGGAAGUGAAAGGCAAAUGUCGCAGGGAGUCACUAAUUUAAAGCCAGCUCAACUCUGAAGUGUUGGUGGUUAAGGAGCUGCUAUGCAUGGACAUAUGUGACCCCCGGGUCCCCCCAGGCUGACUUUGGCAGUUGUCUUCGUCCCACUUCGACCUCCAGCCCUACCUUGAGUUACCAUCCAGGCAGAUGCUUGAGACCUCUUCCCCUUUCGGCCAGCUCCAGGCCCCUCGUCCUUGCUGGGGGCAUAUCUCUUAUGCUUACCUGCUGAAUCCUCUGAGGAUUUUGGGAGGCAAGGGUUC